AUCUUGUGAAGCGGCGAAGGAGGUGGUGGCUGCUUUGGGCUCCGGGAAGCCGUUCUGGCUGGGGCUGUCGACCGCGGGGCGGAGGCACUCGCGCGGGGGGUAACUCGGGUCUGGGUUCGGGUGCCGCGCAGUUCUCCCCGUCUAAAAGUUGGUUUUAAUUGGUUGCCCACAGGAUUGACUUGGCCUCUACUUCUUGUUAAGAAAAUACAUCUCUUGUUUUAUCAGGUGUGUGUGGUUUCAGCGCAGCAUGGCUGUGGUCAUCCGUUUGCAAGGUCUCCCAAUUGUGGCGGGGACCAUGGACAUUCGCCACUUCUUCUCUGGAUUGACCAUCCCUGAUGGGGGCGUGCAUAUUGUAGGGGGUGAACUGGGUGAGGCUUUCAUCGUUUUUGCCACUGAUGAAGAUGCGAGGCUUGGUAUGAUGCGCACAGGUGGUACAAUUAAAGGGUCAAAAGUAACACUGUUGUUGAGUAGUAAAACGGAAAUGCAGAAUAUGAUUGAACUGAGUCGUAGGCGUUUUGAAACUGCCAACUUAGAUAUACCACCAGCAAAUGCUAGUAGAUCAGGACCGCCACCUAGCUCAGGAAUGAGCGGCAGGGUAAACUUGCCUACAACGGUACCCAACUUUAAUAAUCCCUCACCCAGUGUAGUUACUGCCGCCACUUCUGUUCAUGAAAGCAACAAAAACAUACAGACAUUUUCCACAGCCAGUAUAGGAACAGCUCCUCCAAAUAUGGGGGCUUCCUUUGGGAGCCCAACGUUUAGCUCAACCAUUCCGAGCACAGCCUCUCCGAUGAACACAGUCCCGCCGCCACCAAUUCCUCCAAUCCCAGCGAUGCCAUCUUUGCCACCAAUGCCAUCAAUUCCCCCAAUACCAGUUCCUCCUCCGGUACCUACAUUGCCUCCCGUGCCUCCUGUUCCCCCAAUACCCCCAGUCCCUUCUGUGCCACCCAUGACCCCACUGCCACCCAUGUCAGGCAUGCCACCCUUGAACCCGCCACCUGUGGCACCUCUACCUGCUGGAAUGAAUGGUUCUGGAGCACCUAUGAAUCUGAACAAUAACCUGAACCCUGUGUUUCUGGGUCCACUGAAUCCUGUUAACCCUGUCCAGAUGAACUCUCAAAGCAGUGUGAAACCACUUCCCAUCAACCCUGAUGACUUGUAUGUCAGUGUGCAUGGAAUGCCCUUUUCUGCAGUGGAAAAUGAUGUCAGAGAAUUUUUCCAUGGGCUCCGUGUCGAUGCAGUGCAUUUGUUGAAAGAUCAUGUAGGUCGAAAUAAUGGGAAUGGAUUGGUUAAGUUUCUCUCCCCUCAAGAUACAUUUGAAGCUUUGAAACGAAACAGAAUGCUGAUGAUUCAACGUUAUGUGGAAGUUAGUCCUGCCACAGAAAGACAGUGGGUGGCUGCUGGAGGCCAUAUCACUUUUAAGCAAAGUAUAGGACCUUCUGGACAAACCCAUCCCCCUCCUCAGACACUUCCCAGGUCAAAAUCGCCCAGUGGGCAGAAAAGGUCAAGGUCAAGAUCACCACAUGAGGCUGGUUUUUGUGUUUACUUGAAAGGGCUACCAUUUGAAGCAGAAAACAAACAUGUCAUUGAUUUUUUUAAAAAGUUGGAUAUUGUGGAAGAUAGUAUUUAUAUCGCUUAUGGACCCAAUGGGAAAGCAACUGGUGAAGGCUUCGUAGAAUUCAGGAAUGAGGCUGACUAUAAGGCUGCUCUAUGUCGUCAUAAACAGUAUAUGGGCAAUCGCUUUAUUCAAGUUCAUCCAAUUACUAAGAAAGGUAUGCUAGAAAAGAUAGAUAUGAUUCGAAAAAGACUGCAGAACUUCAGCUAUGACCAGAGGGAAAUGAUGUUAAAUCCAGAGGGGGAUGUCAACUCUGCCAAAGUCUGUGCCCAUAUAACAAAUAUUCCCUUCAGCGUUACCAAGAUGGAUGUUCUUCAGUUCCUAGAAGGAAUCCCAGUGGAUGAAAAUGCUGUACAUGUUCUUGUUGAUAACAAUGGGCAAGGUCUAGGACAGGCAUUGGUUCAGUUUAAAAAUGAAGAUGACGCACGUAAGUCUGAACGCUUACACCGUAAAAAACUUAAUGGGAGAGAAGCUUUUGUUCACGUAGUUACUCUAGAAGAUAUGAGAGAGAUUGAGAAAAAUCCCCCUGCCCAAGGGAAAAAAGGGUUAAAGAUGCCUGUGCCAGGUAAUCCUGCAGUUCCGGGAAUUCCCAGUGCAGGAAUUCCCAGUGCAGGACUGCCUGGUGCGGGAAUGCCUGGUGCGGGAAUGCCAGGUGCAGGGAUGCCAGGUGCGGGAAUGCCCAGUGCGGGAUUACCUGGUGUGGGGAUGCCUGGUACGGGACUGCCCGGUGCGGGAAUACCUACUGCAGGAGGUGAAGAACAUGCCUUCCUGACUGUAGGAUCUAAGGAGGCCAACAAUGGACCUCCAUUUAACUUUCCUGGUAAUUUUGGUGGGUCAAAUGCAUUUGGGCCACCACUCCCUCCUCCAGGAUUAGGAGGGGCCUUUGGUGAUGCUAGGCCUGGAAUGCCUUCAGUUGGAAAUAGUGGUUUGCCUGGUCUCGGACUGGAUGUUCCAGGUUUUGGAGGUGGACCAAAUAAUUUAAGUGGACCAGGAUUUGGAGGGGGUCCUCAGAAUUUUGGAAAUGGCCCUGGUAGCUUAGGUGGUCCCCCUGGUUUUGGAAGCGGCCCUCCUGGCCUUGGAAGUGCCCCCGGGCAUUUGAGUGGGCCUCCAGCAUUUGGUCCUGGCCCUGGCCCUGGCCCUGGCCCAAUCCAUAUUGGUGGUCCUCCUGGCUUUGGAUCUAGUUCUGGAAAACCAGGACCAACAGUAAUUAAAGUACAGAACAUGCCCUUCACUGUGUCUAUUGAUGAGAUUUUAGAUUUCUUUUAUGGCUAUCAAGUGAUUCCAGGCUCAGUGUGUUUAAAAUACAAUGAAAAAGGUAUGCCCACAGGUGAAGCUAUGGUAGCUUUUGAAUCUCGGGAUGAAGCCACAGCUGCUGUCAUUGACUUAAAUGACAGACCUAUUGGCUCUAGGAAAGUAAAACUUAUGGCCCACUGCGUGACCUUGGUUCAGCUGUCCAUUUCAUGUGACCACCUCAUUGACAAGGACAUCGGCUCCAAGUCUGACCCACUCUGUGUCCUUUUACAGGAUGUAGGAGGGGGCACCUGGGCUGAGCUUGGCCGUACAGAGCGAGUACGGAACUGCUCGAGCCCUGAGUUCUCCAAGACUCUGCAGCUUGAGUACCACUUUGAAACGGUUCAAAAACUCCGAUUUGGUAUCUAUGACAUAGACAAUAAGACGCCUGAGCUGGGGGAUGAUGACUUCCUAGGAGGGGCUGAGUGUUCCCUAGGACAGAUUGUAUCCAGCCAGAUACUAACUCUACCCUUGAUGUUGAAGCCUGGAAAACCUGCUGGGCGAGGGACCAUCACGGUCUCAGCUCAGGAGUUGAAGGAUAGUCGAGUAGUGACCAUGGAGGUAGAGGCCAGAAACCUAGAUAAGAAGGACUUCCUGGGGAAAUCAGAUCCAUUCUUGGAGUUCUUCCGCCAGGGUGAUGGGAAAUGGCACCUGGCAUACAGAUCAGAGGUCAUCAAGAACAACCUGAACCCUACUUGGAAGCGCUUCUCUGUUCCUUUUCAGCAUUUCUGUGGGGGAGACCCCAGUACACCCAUCCAGGUGCGAUGUUCGGAUUAUGACAGUGAUGGUUCACAUGAUCUCAUUGGUACCUUCCACACUACCUUGGCCCAACUGCAGGCAGUCCCGGCUGACUUUGAAUGCAUCCACCCUGAGAAACAGCAGAAAAAGAAAAGCUACAAGAACUCUGGAAUAGUCCGUGUCAAGAUUUGUCAGGUAGAAACAGAGUAUUCAUUCCUGGACUAUGUGAUGGGAGGCUGUCAAAUCAACUUCACUGUGGGCAUGGACUUCACAGGCUCCAAUGGAGAUCCUUCCUCACCUGAUUCUCUGCACUACCUGAGCCCAACAGGGGUCAAUGAGUACCUGACAGCACUGUGGAGUGUGGGCAGCGUGGUUCAGGACUAUGACUCGGACAAGCUGUUCCCAGCAUUUGGAUUUGGGGCUCAGGUACCCCCUGACUGGCAGGUCUCCCAUGAAUUUGCCUUGAACUUCAACCCCAGUAACCCCUACUGUGCAGGCAUCCAGGGCAUUGUGGAUGCCUACCGCCAGGCCCUCCCCCAAGUUCGCCUCUAUGGUCCCACCAACUUUGCACCCAUCAUCAACCAUGUGGCCAGGUUUGCAGCCCAGGCUGCUCAUCAGAAGAGUGCCUCGCAAUACUUCGUGCUGUUGCUGCUGACUGAUGGUGCUGUGACAGAUGUGGAGGCCACACGUGAGGCUGUGGUUCGAGCCUCCUACCUGCCCAUGUCAGUGAUCAUCGUGGGUGUGGGUGGUGCUGACUUCGAGGCCAUGGAGCAACUGGACGCUGAUGGCGGACCCCUGCAUACACGCUCUGGGGAGGCAGCUGCUCGUGACAUAGUGCAAUUUGUGCCCUACCGCCGCUUUCAGAAUGCCCCUCGAGAGGCAUUGGCGCAGACUGUACUUGCAGAAGUACCCACGCAACUGGUUUCCUACUUCAAGGCCCAAGGUUGGGCUCCAUUGAAGCCACUUCCACCCCCAGCCAAGGGCCCUGCACAGGCCCCUCAGGCCUAGAUUCCCUUGGCCUAGAUUCCUUAGGACUGUGGCCAGUCCUCAAUCCUAUGUUCCCAAGGUCCCCCAACCCUGAACACACAUUCCUCAGUGCUUGCACUUUCUGUUUUGUACUUUUAUACUUCCUCCUCUCCAUCCCACUGGCUUGCCCCGGAGCCCCUCAUUCAAUAAAGAUCAAUGAAGAACAGUUUACUACCA